AUGAAUUUCGAUGAUGCUUCUUUAUCUUCACCUCAUACUUUUAGAGUCAAGACUCGACAACAACUAAAAGGCAUUCAACAUUCAAUCAAAAAGUCCAAGCGAAAAUACUGUCACAUUUCUCCUGAGAUAAAGUAAUAAUUAAUUUCCCUUGUACUCGAUAAAAGGCUUAGAAUCAAAGAUGCUGCCAUUAUUUGUAAUUUAAAUUACUCCACUGCAAAAACCAUACUCUACACUUUGAGGCAUCGACCACCCAAGUAAGCUGGAUUCAAAAAGUAUUCAAGUAAAAGCAAACCCAUAUUCAUGAUGAAGACCUAAAUCAAGGGAACACUCAUCAAUGAGUAUGAUUUUUAUUCACAUUUGAAUUCGAUCUGA